UAAAAUUUAUUUAUAAAUAUCAAGCAAUCCUGUUCAAUGUUCUGUCAUGGCUUGCCUCAUGUUUUAUAUCCUGAGAACAACAUAUUCAGAUAUUGGGAGAGAACAAGCAUGGAGGCUGCCAUGGCUAGGGUUAUAGACAAAGAAAACAAGGAAGAAGGAGAAGAAGAAGAAGAAAGCAUGCUUCCAGGUUUCAGGUUUCAUCCAACAGAUGAAGAGCUUAUUGGAUUUUAUCUCCGCAGAAAAGUUGAGAGAAAACCCCUCAAAAUCGAGCUCAUCAAGCAGCUUGAUAUCUACAAAUAUGAUCCUUGGGAUUUACCUAUGCCAAAGGUAAGCAGCGCGGGAGAAAUGAAAGAAUAUUAUGUCUUCUGCUUGAGGGAAAGAAAGUAUAGGAACAGUGUAAGACCAAAUCGAGUUACUGCUUCUGGAUUUUGGAAGGCAACUGGAAUUGACAAGAACAUAUAUUCAAAUUCAACCACCAUUAACAACAAUGAGUGCAUAAUUGGCCUCAAGAAAUCCUUGGUUUAUUACACGGGAAAAGCCGGAAAAGGAACCAAAACCAACUGGAUGAUGCAUGAAUUUCGUCUCCCACCAAACUGGAAGAACACUCAUCCUCAAGAAGCUGAAGAAGAUUGGACUGUUUGCAGAAUUUUCAAGAGGAAUUCACCAAUAAACAACAACUUUAAACCACAGCUGAAGAAAACUUGCAGCAUGAUGAAGGACAGGCUGGAGGCUGAAAACAACAGUACUAAUGAUAACGUUAGAUGCAUAAAUUUUCAAGAUUUGGGUCGUCUUCCCCAAAUAUCAUCAAUAUCAGUAGAUCAUCAAUCUUCAUAUUCAUCGUCCUCGAAUUCGAAUUUCUGGAAUGUUCAAAAUGGUGGUGGUGGGGGUGGUGGUGGUGAUUAUCUUGAAUUCUUCAGAGAUGCCAAAUGGGAUGAACUCACCUCUGUUGUCGACUCAUCAAAAGUCACUAAUCCAAGUUAUCCAACUAUCAUGUUUGGGUAUUAUAGCUAAUUCAAGAUAAUUACAUAUCAUCUUCUGGCCUCUAUCAUACUUGUAAUAGUUGUUAAUCAAUAAUAAUAGAUGGGUUAGUUUUCUUAAUGUAUUUAAUUAUGUAGAUAGUUGAACCUUUUCUUUUUUUCUUUCUGUAAUUUUCUUUUUGUUUACGUAUAAUAUGUUUCAAGAUUUGACAUGAGAUAUAUCCCUGCUGUUCCAAAAUAUUUUCCCGUUUUAGUUCAAUAAACUGGAUAAUUAUUUUAAAUCGGAG